AUUUGGGUUCACUAUUUUCAAAUAUCGAAGAUGUUUCUUCCAACCGGUUUUCGUCCAAUUUGAAUGUUAACCACUACAAUCAUACGGUGCACCACGGAUAAAAACAAAAAGGAUUCUUUAGAAGAUAGUUCCUCGAAGAAACAUUUUCACCCGUCACGUGAACCUCUGCGAAUAUCUGCUACAUGAUUUUUUUGCAAAGCUUAAAAAUUAUACGAGUCAGCAGGCAAGUAUCUAUUUAUACGGUCUGAACGAAGCAUGAUGCGACACAACGGAACGGUUUCUAUUGAAAAAGACGUAUAUAACCAUGAACGAUUGAUCGAUAAUCAGAUAGGUAUAUAGAAGAAUUAAAUAUAGAAGAAUUAUUAUGAGCAUAUAGAAGAAUAGGAGUGAUUAAUCCUCGCAAUAUUUCCAAAUACUUCCUAUCAUAUUCCUUUCCUACUAUCAUAUAUUUCUUUUUUCAUUUUUCCAUCUAAUCACGGCUAAAUAUCAAUGAUAAUCAUUUAGAAAUAUGCAAGUAGACAUAAUGCGCCGAAAGAUCAGUAUUCCGUUCACGAUAAACAGAUGUUACGAUAAAAGUAAAAUGGCGAACGCUAUGGGAUACCAAUACUUUUUAAUGAUAUGAUAGAGAGUAAAAUGAUGUGAUAUUUAAUUCGCGCGUCGGUUAGACAGUGCGCCUGGACGAAAGGAGUGAUCAACCCUUGGCGUUAUUCACGUAUAGAAUAACAUUUCCACCAUUGUGAUGGUUGUAAUAUCGUAGUAGGAGUAACGGAUAACAUGCUUCACGCUCUGUUAAACGUACACCCAUCGUAUAUAACCCAGACGUAUAUGUAGAUAUAUUCGAACCGAUAAACGAAAUUAAUUAGGCCGCGAAUAUGACGACAUUCUGGAGUGCGAGAGAAAAGAAUAUCGAAAACGAGAGUGCGUUUACCAAGGGUGUCACAUGCGUAAAAUUAUCCACACUCUGUCAACCGCCAAAAAAAGGAAAAAAAGUUUCAGGCGCUUUCUCUCGAGUCGCUGCUAAUUGGCAGGGAUGACGCAUGGCUGUUAUAAUUGGUCGAACGAUGCUAAGAUCACGAACAUGUAUAUGAAAGAAACAACGUUUUCUUCCUCUUUUCCUUCCUCUCUAUAUUCUUUUCCUUAGAAAUCCAACGAUCGAAAUCAUAGAAUAUGCUUUCUUUGACAAGGAAAAAAUGUACAAUUUGGAGAAUGAGAAUAACUUUCCUUUUCGAUUAGAUGAAAUCGCACUGAUGAAAGUUAUGCUUCAAAAGAUAAUGAAAUAGAUAGAUAGAUGGAUAGAUAAAUGGAUAGAUAAAGAGAAAGAGAAAGAAAGAUAGAAAGAGAGAGAGAGAGACGUGGUGAUGUAGUCAGGCACGCCUAAUAAUUCACCGAGGGCGACGCGCGACGUGUACGUGUCAGCGCGUCGCGACGCGCCCGUCCGUCUCGUUGAGGCUACAACAUAGCAAGUUAAAUUCUCCCUCUUUUUCUAUCGGCGCCGACAGACUUCUUUUUCUCCUGUAGAUCCUUUUCCAAAGUCCUUUCUCUCCUUUUCCAUCCAUUUUUUGAAAAGCCAACUCAAGCAAAUUAUUUUUGUUCAAGAAAAAUCCGGUAUAAUAUCAUCUAGAGUUAAAUAGAUAACAACGAGAGGCCAAAUGUAUUCUCGAAAGUAUCCUAUAAAUAAAAUUCCGCAGAAUAAACAUGAUGAUUUUGUUGCUCAUAUCUAUUGCUCAUAGAUCACAUGCCUGUUGAAUUGAGAGGACAAACAUAAAGCAGUCAGCUGUUGACGCUUCGUCUCGUUCAAUUUUUGAGGACACGCAACCCUUUUUUCGUUUGUCCACUCCGUCUCUUCUCGAUCUGUCUGCAUUUCUUACAAAUUGCCGGUAUCGUUCCACGUUCAUCAAUGAACGAAAGAUUUUUUCUGCUAUUUUCCAUUUAUUUAUCAGUAAUAUCGAUAAAAUGAAUAAAACAAUCGUCGUUAAAACUAAUCAUCCUAGAAACACGCGAUUUGUUGAGCGUACGCCUUCGCGGAAAUAAAUAGCUCCUCUGGUCGCGAGUCUGUCGCUAGAUGCGCACAGAUAGGCCCUUUCGUUUCUAAGAAGAUUUCGCGGUGCGCACGGAAGCCGAUAAAACGAAACGUAAGUAGAAACAUUUGAAAACCAAUGAGCGCCUAAUGAAGGUGGAGCCUGCGAAGAAAAUCUCCACCUACUCUUAAAACGCUCUAUUUCUUCUCUCCUCGCAUGUCUCGCCGCGUUGCCUCUGAUGACGACCAAGGAAGGGGGAGAGAGAGAGAGAGAGAGAAAGAGAGAGAAGAUCCGAAGAGACAAGAGAAGAAUCUUUCAGUACGUCUCAAGUCGGUUAAGUCAGUUGGUAUUCCAGUAUCCCGAACAAAAUGUUCUCCCUUUGCAUCUUCUCGAUCCGUGGCUUUUUAAUGAAACGCGCGAAAUAAAUUAUUUCUUUCUUAAAGAUGAAAACUUUACACUUUGGUGUUUGCAGUAGCAACUACGCACAAUAGCACAGUGCGGAUUCGAGCGAAUUAAGAAAUUGAAAGAUCGAACAGUGCAAAGAUUCGUACGAUCAACGUUUUGUUGAUUAUCACGACUGAUUUAUAUAAAAUGUAAUUCGUCGGAAAGUAAAUGGUAUUCUAUAAAUCGAAAAAAUGUUUCCAUUUUUUAAAAAGAAUUACGAACCAACGAACUCUUUGAUGGUCACAUUGUUGAAUCGAUGAAACAUAGUGACUUAACGUUGAAAUGAUUUAGAAAAGGAGAAUAAAAAAGAAGAUAAGACGUUUAGGAAUUAUUCAGACUAACUCGGAGCAAAAUGAUCGGUGCAAAUGUGGACCAGCAUGGUAACAACAUAAUAGCAUCGCAAUCAACGAAUCAUGCGUCGCAAGAUUUCACUGUUUCACGACUUUUAUCAACGUCGACGAUGCAUUCGUUAGAAAAAAAAAAGAAAGAAAGAAAAAACUUUUCUAAAAUACACAUAGAGUGUCACACUGAAGGAACGUCGACGACUGGAAGUAGAAGACCAAGGAGAAGUAGGACAACCUUCUCGGCGCAACAGUUGGCCGCAUUAGAAAGGGUUUUCGAAAGGACACAUUAUCCCGAUGCUUUUGUUCGCGAAGAACUCGCUACUAGAGUAUCCUUAUCGGAGGCAAGAGUUCAGGUAUGGUUUCAAAAUAGACGCGCCAAAUUCCGGCGAAACGAAAGAAGUUCGGUACUUAAUCGUGGCACUUGUACAAGCAGAGAAUUGGAAACGACCACUUUACCACUUCGACCGAUAAGAGUAAGCAGUCACAUGCACGAAAACAAUUCGGAAAAUAAUUCCUUCCAAGCGCAGCAGCUUCCACAUUAUUCCUAUAGCGAAUACUGGAGAUCUCCUCAACAUUAUACCACCGUUCAAAGCAGUAAUUGUCACGGAUUUGUUAACGCUAAUCUUGGGAACGUACCUGCUCUACCAUCAUAUCAUCAAUCAGCAGAAAUUCACAGUGCCGUCGAAGGAACGACUAUAACUGGUCUAAGCGCAUUGAGAUUGAGAUCGCAUCCUUACAGUGCUACCUACUCCGCCAUGCACGCGAGCAUGUGACUCUUUUUCUCUUAUUUCUUCUCCGAUAUUGUCAUUUAUUUUUGACAAAUCAAAUCAAAAUCAAAGAAUGCUGCGAUGUUCAAAUCUACACGUCCUCAAUAAUAACUUUAUUUCGUCCUGCUUUCUUUCGUCCACAAGAUUCUUGCGCUUGCACAGGAUUCGUUCGUUAAAACCAAAGAUGCUCUCACUUUCAACUGUAAUCAAUGACGUAGAAAAGACUUAUAAUUAAAAGUCGAGUUAAUUAAUAGUCAAGACUUUUCUUAAUUACUACAAGUUUUCUAAACAGGGUAUAUAGAUACAUAGAUACAUACAUAUAUAUGUUUAUACGUUGUAUAAACCGUGAGGAGAGCUAAAGAUAUCGUAUAUAAGGUAUACAUAAUAAUUCCUUAACGAGAUUUACUGUAUUGUGUAUAUAGAUAUCCAUGUAUACUUGAUCAAAUGGGAUAAUAUGCAAAUGCAUGUAGUAUUAGCAGUCGGAUAGAUUAAACACAAAUAUAACUUUCUUAAUAAUACUGUAA